CAUGAUCGUGAGCAACGCGACCCGGUUCGCUACGCAAUCGAAUUUGGUGGUGAGUCCGGACUCGGCAUCGCGACUAGGGGCCUACCUGUUAGAUGCGAGGGGGGUCUUGCACAGCCUGCGCUUGUAUCAAAUGUAAAAAUGUCUGGGUCUGGAAGAAUGCAACUUGUGAUGCUGCAUUUGGAUUCCAAAAAAAUUUGUAUUGCAUGAGUAAGUACCUAAGGAAAGGCAAUUCUUACUACGCUGAGAAGGCAUUUGUCAUGCGGAAUACGCAUCAAGAAGCCCUCAAAAAGUCUGUAUUGCUACGGGAUGCAUCACAGACGUCAUGGCUCAUGCAAAACGUGCAUGACAAGUGUCAGAAUCUUCCAGACCCAGACACUUUUACAGUUGAUAGCUUGUUUCAUGAGUCCACGGGGAGUUUGGUCGUUGCUAGUAGCAUAUCAAAUGCAAAAAUGUCUGAGUCUGGGAGAUUGCGAGAUUUGUCAUGCUAGGGUGGCAUGACUCGUAAAUCUGUCAUGCACGUUUCCCAAGAGCCCCAUUAUGCUGUCAUGCAGAAACGCAGUUUGUCAUGCAGAAUAGGCAACACCUAGUUGUCAUUUGUGACCUCUUCAUGAUACGCCACCCAGCAUCACAAGUUUCCAGACCCAGACACUUUUACAAUCCAUAUAGCGACGUUGUGUUGUCGCAGAACGAGGAUGUAAAUGUCCCAGAUGUUAGCACGUCGACAGUAGCUGUACCACAGUCGAUUCGCGUCCAGGACAUUAUUACCGCGGUCAUCAGCGACCCAAACCGCGUGCUCGGUACGAACGUCACGCUUCGCUGCAAACCCCCGCACUACGAACGCGUGUCUGGUGACGGGGAUUUCGUCUGCGCCAGUGGACGAUUCUACACCACCGACACGUACCGAAACGCCAAGCCGUUAGUGUGUCAGCGGAAGGACGCGAGAGUUCUGCCACCCUCGCAGUUGACGCCGGUGUCCACCGUGGACGACGUUUGCCUCUACGGCGACCGGGCGAACCUGGUCCCGGAAACGACCUUUCUCGAUUCGAAUUACGUGUUGAACCCCUACGGUCUGCGGCCCGAGGUUCCGGGGAUCCCGUACACGAACGACAGUAUGCUAGUGCAGAACAGCAAUUUAGACGGAACCAGCGUGAAAAACGACGUGAACAAGCGAGGGACAAUCGCCUUCUGGUACAAGUUAUGGAUUGCAAAUAUGUCUGGGUCUGGAAGAGUGUAACUUGUCAUGCUACAUCUGGAUCGUGGAAAAAUUUGUGUUGCAUGAUUACCAAAAGAGGUCCACUUUUGAACAAGUUUAGAGGCAGUUUCUCAUGCAGGAAAGGCAUGAUAGAGAUCUCACAGAAUCUGUCACGCUAGGCCGUGCAUGCCAGACCGCGUGGGUUAUGGAUAACCUGCAUGACAAACCUAGCACUCUUCCAGACCCAGACAUUUUUGCACUUGAUACAAGCUAGACAACGCGUUUGACUUCCAAAUGCUCUUGUCCGCCGACCUACUCCCCCGGGACGAAACGACCAUGUGCGGCGCGCGGCAGCCGGCCAGGCGGAAAAACUUUUUCACGACCAGCACCACCACGACGACCACCACGACCACGACGACCACCACGACUACCACAACUACGACAACUAGUACCACGACCACAAGUUCAACCACGACGACGACCACGACCUUCGACGUUUUUGCGGCCUUCAACCUGACCAACGGCAGCAAUUUAACGCUGUAUGCCCAUUUAUUCGGUCUAGACGAAGAGGAUGAUGCUUCGUCGACACCGGCGGACCAACCGAUUGGCGCCUGGACGGUCACGCUCUUUCGGGACCGGGACUGUGUGGUAAGCGGAAAGGAAAACAUCGCGGGGUUGCUUGGCGGGGGAAACGCGAGCAAUGAAACUGCUGGAAGCGAAACAGUAACUACUUCCAACGACACAAAUUCCUCCAAUGACACCGACGACAACGAGACGGCUUUGUUGGUGACGACCACCACCACGACGUCCACCACCACCACCACACCAGCCUACGUACCCGACUGGUCGGUGUUACUCUCCGGUAGCAAUUACGAGGAGUGCGUGGCGGUCCCGGACCAGGAUGCGUACAAACUCGGGUUUCGGGCGGUGCGGGUGACCGGCUGCGUGCAAAGCUACUUGGUAAACGAAACUGCUACGGAACUGCAGAAUGCGGCGUUUGUUUUGGAACAACAGCAGCAAAACGCAAGUAAUCAAUCUUCGAACGGUAGCAACAGUACUAGCGAUAUUAGCCCCCAAUUCCCGCCACCCGUGAUGUACCCAGGACCAAUUCUCGGUGCGUUUCGGUUUUACGAGACCGCAAAUUGCACCGGAUUCGAGUACGAGACGCCCGCGCUGGAGCGAGACCAGUGUCUGGCGUCGGGGUUUUUGACUUGGCAAAUCCAAGUGGAGUGCAGCGUGUACGACCGAGCGAGGUACGCGCCGCCGGUGAAAGCCGGGCCGGAAAUGCAAGCGAAGCCCUGGGUGGCGAACUUCUACGAUAGGAAACAAGUGGGCGGUAGUAAUAACUUGUGCGACGAUGAUGACGCGAUUCUGAACGUCGCCGGCAUGCACCCCAGUAUCUGCGUUACCAUGCCGGACGCGCCCGCUCCGAUGAUCCAGUACGGAAAUUUUUCCUCCAGCGGUAUCCGCAGUCUGCACCCGAUCCGGAGUGUGACCCCACCGGAAAAAUCGGAUCAAGAGAAAGCAGAGAACAAAACCUCGUAUACGGAGAUCGACUUCAUGUUCUUCGAUCAGCCGGAGUGUGGGGGGUUUGGGUACACGGAAACGGUUUUGUAUUCUGCAGCCGAUCCGUCGCAGAGUAAAAUGGUUACUGAGUACAAAAGCGGCGGAAUAUCUACUUCUAGUGCUUCAUUCAGCGUCGACCAGAAAUUCGCACAGUCUCCAACCACCGGCACCGCUGCGCAGGGGUGCUGGCCUUUUUUUAGCACCGGCGCUGAUAGCAGCACUGCCGGUCUCCAGCAGUACU